CAAAGGCUAGCAAGCCUUUCUCCGAAGGCGAGUUUUUGAAAGAAUGCAUGGUAGAGACAUCAGAGCUCUUGUGUCCGGAGAGCAAAGGCAAGUUUGAAAAAAUCAGUUUAUCACGCAGGACAGUGACUCGCCGUGUGGAACUGAUUGACGAAGAUAUAGUCAGGGAGUUAAACAAAAAGGUGGAGUCCUUUAAGUUAUAUUCACUAGCACUGGAUGAAAGUAACGACAUAAAAGACACUGCUCAGCUCCUAAUUUUUAUCCGAGGGAUUAAUGACAGUUUUGAGAUAACGGAGGAGCUUUUGAGCAUGGAAUCGCUGAAGGGGAAAACGCGAGGAGAGGACUUGUAUGAACAGGUGUCUGCUGUCAUCGAGAGAAUGAAGCUGCCUUGGAGUAAACUUGCCAAUGUCACCACGGAUGGAUCGCCAAAUUUAACGGGAAAAAACGUUGGGCUGCUGAAAAGAAUCCAGGAUAAAGUGAAAGAAGAAAACCCUGACCAGGAUGUUAUUUUUCUUCACUGCAUCAUUCAUCAAGAAUCUCUGUGUAAGUCUGUAUUGCAGCUUAAUCAUGUCGUGGAUCCAGUUGUAAAACUUGUUAACUUCAUACGAGCAAGGGGACUUAAUCACCGUCAGUUCAUUACGUUCCUAGAGGAAACCGAUGCGGAUCACCAGGACUUACUUUACCACUCUCGUGUCCGCUGGUUAAGUUUGGGGAAAGUGUGUCAACGAGUGUGGGAGCUCAAAGAGGAGAUUCGCUCGUUUUUGGAGCAAAUGGGGAAAUCCGACGAAUUCCCUGAGCUGAGCGACACGGACUGGCUUUGUGACUUUGCGUUUGCUGUGGACAUAUUGUCACACAUGAAUGAGCUGAACGUUAAGCUGCAGGGGAAAGAUCAGUUUGUGCACGACAUGUACACAAAUGUGAGAGCCUUCAAAUCCAAGCUGAUUUUAUUCUCCAGGCAAAUGGCAAACAAAUCUUUCGCUCAUUUUCCCACACUGGCCAUGCAGAAAGAGGCCACGCGAAACGUGAAGAAAUACUGCACAUCACUGGACGACAUGCACAGAGAAUUCUGCCGUCGGUUCUCUGAUUUUGAAAAAAUUGACAAGUCACUUCAGCUGGUGUCCUGUCCCCUGUCACAAGACCCCGAAACAGCACCGCAUGAGCUGCAAUUGGAGCUGAUCGAUCUUCAGUCUGACUCCGUCUCACAGGAGAAGUUCAAGUCUCUUAAACUGAAUGACUUUUACGCUUCACUUAACGAAGCCACGUUUCCAAACCUCCGGAGGACGGCACAGAAGAUGCUGGCAUUGUUUGGCUCGACCUACGUGUGUGAGCAGGCUUUCAGCGUCAUGAACAUCAACAAAGCCCGUCACAGAUCCCGGUUAACUGACCAACACCUCAGAUCUAUCCUGAGAAUUGCCACAACAAAACUAACUCCAGACUUUGAUGCACUGGCAAAAAAGGGAGACCAACAACACUGUUCCCACUGAAAUGUGAGUUUCUCAGGACCUGCUUUCUGAAAGGUCCUGAGUGUAUGAGCCUCAAAUGAUUACAUUUGGAUAGAUUCAAAAGGAAAGAAUAGCUCGUCUCUUACUAUCUGCCUCAAAAUAUCUCUGUAUUCCAUCUUAACUUGCUAUCUGACCCACUUCCACUUGUCAUUAGUUCUGUUGUUGUUCUAUUUAGCAAACCUUUCACAUGGAUUCAUGCAGCAGCCGACUGAUACCAUCAAAAAGUUCAUGGCUGAGCAGCACUCUGACAAUGGUUAUGAUAAGC